AUGGAAGGUUUGAAACUAAGUGAAUCUGAACAGAGAUGUUAUGGAGAAUAUUUUCAGGCGUGUGACUCAGAUGGUACAGGAAAAAUUACCGGUCUGAAAGCAUCUGAAUUAUUUCGUGGGUCUGGAUUAGCACCAGAGGCCCUUGUGCAGGAUCCAAAUCAACCCCCCAAUAAAUGGCUAAUAUGUCCCUUUAAUAUGACUACAUAUAUUGUUAGAAAGGUAUCUGAGCUAUGUGGAGCGAAGAGACUGGGUCAUUUUGGCCGUAGUCAGUUUUAUAUAGCAUUGAAAUUAAUAGCUGCUGUACAGUCUGGUUUUCCAUUGAAGAUAGAAAGUCUGAAUACUGGUACAGAAUUAAACCUUCCUAAAUUCAAUUUAAAAGUUAAUGACCCAGGUGCUGGUGAGAAGAAAUGGAGUCAAGGUACAACUGGUGAAGGAGAAAAUGAGAUUAAUUUUAAAUCUGGUAAAGGACAAUUACCCCCACCCCCUCCUGGUAAAAAAUCUCAUAUGCGUAGUUUAUCUGGUCAGUAUAGAGGUAUAGUACCUGAUUCUACACAACCUGUUGUACAACAACCAGUACAACCACUACCACAACAACAAUUUGAUAAUCAGGUAUUGAAUAGAGAUGAAACAUCACCAAGAGAAACUAAAUCGCCCCAAUUUUCACCAAAUCAAUCACCACCUGUUUCACCAGCUGGUAUUAAGCGUCAACUGAUUAAACAGCAGACAGCACCAGCUAGUUAUACUAUGUCAGGUGGUGAUAACUUAUUACCUGCUCAGACUGGUUUAGAUACAGGUCAUGUUAAUCCAGUAGCAUUAGAAGGGGGUAUAUAUAAUAAUGAAACCAAUGAAAAUGGAGGUUGGGCCGUGUUUGAAGAUGAAGAAAGUCAUAUGUUAAUAGGUAAUGGGGUAAAGAAAUGGGAUUUAUUAGAACCACCUAAUUUUGAUUCCUCAUCAAUAAGUUCUGAAGCUGAGAGUGUAGAUGAUGUAUUCUGUGUUACUGAUGAACAAAGAGAAUAUUAUAUUAAACAAUUUAAAACUAUGGAACCAGAUUUAUCUGGUAUGAUCUCUGGUCCUGUUGCUAAAGAAUUUUUUGAAAAAUCCAAGUUACCUGUUACCGAAUUAUCCACUAUCUGGCAAUUAUCAGAUCUUAACUGUGAUGGGGCUUUAUCUUUAGAAGAAUUUAUUAUAGCCAUGCAUCUUGUUGUGUUACGUCGUAAUGACAUAGAGCUUCCUGAACGCCUUCCUUUAUCUUUAAUGCCAUACGCAACAUUAACAAAUGAUGAACCAUUUGCAGCCGACCUACCACAAGGAAGUACGUUAAAACGUGUCACCCCUCCCCCAGAACAGCAAUGGUCAUCAAACUUUCCUAUUGAAUCACCAGAAUCUGGUGGAGCUCCCUCCCCUGCUUUAAAACCUGUUAAUUUUGAAUUUGCCAAACCGAUAGCUGGUGAUCCUGAUUCAAAAAUAGUACAUCCUGUAGCUGUUAGAAUGUCACCUGAUGGUCAGCCUCUAGCUCCAGAAGGUUAUGAUAGAGGCAGAGCAUUAUCAGAUCCAGGCAUGCUUGAUUGUGAUACAACUGCUCAAAAUAAUCUAGUGACUCCUACAAAACAAAGGUCACAUACAGAGUCCUCGGCCAGUGAUUCUGUGGGGCAAACAGAGGGUCCUGGCUCAAAGUACAAUACACCUUUACAUCCUAGGCCUCGACCUGUACCAAAGAAAAACACACAAGUCCCAAUGGUUGGAAGAGGUCACAUUCAACCACCACCAUUCUCUAGUCAACAUGAUAGUACUACUGCUGAAAGACCAACUGUAUUAUUACCACCUAGUACGGAGGGUUUUAGUCAAGAACCUCCUGCUCCACCGCCACGACCACCUCAAUCUCACGGUCGUAGUUUAUCUGUAGAUUUAAAAAGUCGUACUGAUGGUGGUGGUUUAAUGGGUUUAUUACCUCCCCCUGCUGUACCACCUAGAGUCUCACCAAAAGAUCCCCCUGUACGUAAAGACAAUGAAACAGUAGGAGUUGGUAAUGUAGAAAGUACAAGUAUUGAAAAAUCAGUUUCUUUCAAUGACAAUAUUGACCUGUCACCAACAGAGAAGCGUAUGUCUCAUAUUAAGCCUAAGUUUAAAAUAGGUCCAAUAGAGAGACAUAGACGUUGUAUGUCUCUAGAUAUUAAAAAAUUGGUUGGAAAUCAUUUUGGUGCUGCCGAUCUAAAUAGUACAAGUACCAAUAGUAGUUUAAAUAUAUCAACAGAUCAUAGGUUAAAAUCACCCACUUUAAUUGAUGCUGGAGGUGGAGAAGAGACAGAACGUAAAAUGACUACAAUAAGACAAGUGAGUAGAGAUAAAAGAGAUCUGCAAAUGGCUAUUAGAACUCAUAAAGAGAGGAAUUCAACUUUAAAUCGCUUAAAUAGUGAACUUAAUCAAGAAUUACAAGAAGUCAUGGAACAAAGAAUUGCCCUGGAAAUCCAACUGGAACAUUUACGUCCUUAUUCAUCCUAGUAUUAAAUAAACUUUGUAUUUUUCUAUUAUCCUAUCAUCCUGUGAAUUGACUAUUAUUAUUAUUAUUAUUCUAUGUUUAUUUAAAAACACUGGAAUUGAUUAUGGGGCAAUAUUUAUUCCAUUACAAUCUGCUUGUUGAUAUUGUUUGCAUUGUUUGUUUCUUUAGUGAUAAUGAAAUUUGUGUAGUACUAGUCUAAUGGCAUGAUGUCAUUUAUGAUAUAUUCCUCAGAUUGACAAACCUGACAAAAUUUUAGAUAUGUAUUAGAAAUUAUCAUCUUUAUGAAGUAUUUUUGGUAGGUUUUGUAGUAAAUCUGAAGCUAUUUGUAUAGAGAAUAUGUGUUUUAUAAAUGACGGAUCAUUAGAUAGGCUUGUAGUCUGUAAUUCUAGAUAGGUUGAUUUGUGAAGAAAACAUCUUCACUAUCUUGCCAAACACCAUUCUGAGAUUUUUUCACAAUGAAAUUAUGGAUUUCAAGCUUAUUUGUACUACUGGUAUUUUCCAAUAUUUGAUAUUUGGUCUUUCAGAAUCUACACUGAACCUUCCUGCUGCAAGCAACAUAAGUAAUUCUAAAAUGUUAUUUGCUAUUUUGAAACAAUUCCAUUUUGAAUUAUUAUUACUUUACAUUAUUAUAAGGUUGCCAUCAUACAAAUUUGACUGAAUAUUUCUGAAUCUGCCUUGCCCCCCUUUCUCUCCCCACAGUUUUAAAUAUACACCUCCCAUUGUUAUUAUAAUAUUAUGGUAUUAUCUAGUCAAAAUAAUAAUAAUUAUAAUAAAAGAUGUAAUAAUAUUCCACUGCUUGUGAAUGCAAUAAUUUAUAUCCAUGUUAAUAGACUAGUCCCUUAUCCGUAGAGUAGUUUCUUUUCUUGAAAAUCCACUCACCAAGGAAGUUGCUUCAAAAUUUUCUGCUUUUUGAUUUUAACUAAAUUAAACUAUUAACAUAUUGUUGUCAUGAAUAACUGGGGAUAAUAUUUCCAGACAUGUCAAAUACAUUUCAUGCAUUGAAUUGUUGAAAAACUGAGAAUCAGGCUUAAUUCUAAAAAGUGAUACUGAUGGCUGACAUUGAGCUCUAGCUCUGAUCAGCUGAUGAAGCAAAUAAUUUGAGAACUACAUCCUUUUCAUAUAAUAUGACAAUUAGUGCUAGAGUUGUCUAGUUCAUUUAUUAUUAUAAUUUAUUCCAAUUUAUUCUCUAUUUAUCGUUCUUUUAUUCUUUUCUCUCUAAAUGUGCCUUUUUCUUUGUGUAUUUUUGUGACAAUGUUUUCUUGAAGUAUUUUGUAUCUAGCUCUUCUCAGUUUAUUUAUAUCUUCAUUAAUAUCUAACAUCCACUGUAUAGUCAAAACCAUUUAUUAUUUAGUCAAAAUAACUGAUUGUAAUCAGAAAGUGCAUUUAUGUUUAGGUCCAGUCAAGUUUAGAGUUAGAAAAAUAUUUAGAGGGAUUCAAAUGAGGUUUUCUUAUCUUUGUAAAAUUUUUGUUUGCACCAUUCUGAUUUCAAUUCGACAAUCAUAUACUUCCAAAAAACUGGACCUGACUUUUGAAAUUAUGCCAAUAAAUACUUGAACCACUAUAGUUUGGCAGGAAAUCAGAGGGUGCAAAUAGAAACUGUAAUUGUUGUAAACUCUUUUUGAAUCUCUUCAAACUGUUUUAAAUCACAAUCCCCUACUUGAUCAAUUUUAACAGUUAAUUUAAUGAUGUAGUGAAUGAUAUGAAACUGAUAAAUCCAGAGAAAAUAUUGAGAAAGAUAUAUAAGAUAAGAUGUAAUAUGCUAGUAUGUUUGUAUGACUUAAGAUAUUAAGCCAAAAUAUGUUUAUGUAUAUUAUACAAAAUAAUCCAUUGUGCUUUUUGCUUGUU